AUGGUGAUGGGUAGCAAAGAACAUGGAAGAAAGGAGAGAACAAUUUGUAGUUUGAAAGCAGAGAGAGGAUACAAUAUAUUCUUCCAGAUCUCAGCUACAGCUCAUGAGAUGGAUAUGAAUGAUGAACAUGAUGAAGAACUUAAUCUCAUUGUUACAAUACUUGUUGGCAUUGUAGCUUAUUUGCAUUGGGAUUGUGUGGGAGCAAUUGAUGGUACACAUCUCCUCGCGAAAGUUCCCAUUGAAUAUGUAGCAAGAUUCCAUGGUUCAAUAGCCGAUUCUAAAAUUUUACAUUGUGCUAUGCAUAGAGGACAUAAACUUACAUGUCCUCCAGGUAAAUACUACUUGGUAGAUACAGGCUUUCCUCUAUUGGAGCAUUAUAUUACCCCAUUCAGAAGUACACGAUAUCACCUAAACGAAAUACGAGGACGUGUACCUAGAACGCCAAAGGAAUUGUUCAACCAUAGGCAUUCUUCUUUACGGAACGCAAUUGAACGAGCCUUUGGGGUGUUAAAAAAACGUUUUCGUAUCCCAGUGGAUGAACCAAUGUUUGGCUUUGAAAAUCAAGUGAAGUUGGUAAUUGCUUGUUGUAUAAUACACAACCACAUUCGAGGAGUGAUGCCAGAUGAUCCACUUUUAAAUGAUGUUGAUCACGAGAUUGGCACUCAAUCAGCUCCUAUUCAUGAUCCUGUUGACAAUCAAUUGAUUAGGGCUGAAGAUGGAAGGGAAGGAAAGAGAAUUCGAACACAAAUAAUGAAUGAAAUGUGGAAUGAUUUUAGUAGUAGACGCUGA